AUGCAACCGUUGGGAGGUAUACGCCGAUGGAGAAAAGGUGGUUUGACACCUGUUCGUAUGGGUUCUUUCAGUUUCAUUCGGAUGGAUAUUGGCCAUCAUGAGUGCUCAUCGACAUAUGAACAAGAGAGCGCAUUUGAUUUAUAUUUGCAACUCGAACCUGAAAGGUUUCGUUUGAAAUGUGGAUGUGAGCAUGUCGAUAGGAUAUUUCAUCAGGGUAUUAUUCAAGGUGAAAUAACCGAACUGGUUGGCAGCACUGCAGUUGGUAAAAGCCAGAUGUGUUUUUCGUUAACUGCCUCUGUUCUGCUCGCAAAAAAUCGCCGUUCAUCGCACGUGGUCUACAUUGAUACAAAUGGGAGUUUUCGCAGUACACGAUUACUGCAGAUUCUUGUCGAUCGUGGUCAAAGUAAAGAAAUCGCAAUGGAACUCCUCUCAAGAGUAUUGGUUAAGAGAGUUUACGAUGAAGACGAUUUAAGAAGGGCUUUAAUCGCUCUUCAGAAAUUUGAUAAAUCAAUUGACUUGAUUGUUAUUGACAGUAUUGGUUUCGCACUUGCCCAAACAGCACUCACGUAUUUUGAAGGAGGUAAAGAAAUGCAGGAGCAAAUAAUCGUAAGAUUGCAUCGAUUAUCACGUCAAUUGGGCUGUGCUAUCGUGACAACAAAUCAUUUAAUAUAUCGUAAUAAUUACCCUUUCCCUUCACUCGGCUAUAAAUGGAAAGAUACAGUGCACUCGCGAUUCGUUAUGUUGGACGGUGAUCGUGCAUAUUAUCAGAUUAGUGAUUCGGGUAUUGUUUCAUUGUGUGACGAUGAAAUCACUGAACAAACUCAAAAAACCCAAAAAAUAAUCAACGAAAAUUGGGAUACAAUUAUGUGUUCGUUGUCACAAAUUGAUGAAGCUAAUGAAGAACUGUGA